AUGGAUCCUGUAACAUCUCAUGCUCACUCCCUUCCUCCACCUUUCCACACAAGAGAUUUCCAACUCCAGCUCCAACAACAACAGCAGCAUCAUCAAUUCCUCCUCCACCACCAACAGCAAGCUCAUAAUUCCGAGGAUGAACAAAGCGGCAGCAGUGGUGGCCUCAACAAAGCUCCCAAGAGAGAUCUUGAAGAACUCACCAACGGCAACGGCAAAGAGCUCGUUGCAGCAGCAGCCAACAGCGAAGGUGAAAUUACAAGAAGAGCCAGAGGCAGACCCCCUGGAUCUAAAAACAAACCCAAACCCCCCAUCAUCAUCACCCGCGACAGCGCCAACGCCCUCCGCACCCACGUCAUGGAGAUAGGAGACGGCUGCGACAUCGUCGAAAGCGUCGCUACCUUCGCCAGGCGCCGCCAAAGAGGAGUCUGUAUAAUGAGCGGAACCGGCACAGUCACAAACGUAACCCUCAGGCAACCCGCAUCUCCCGGCGCAGUCGUCAGCUUACACGGUCGCUUCGAGAUAUUAUCUCUAUCAGGAUCCUUUUUGCCACCGCCUGCGCCGCCUGCUGCCUCGGGGCUUACCAUCUACCUAGCAGGAGGGCAAGGACAGGUGGUGGGCGGCAGCGUGGUUGGCACGCUUACGUGUUCUGGUCCAGUGGUGGUGAUGGCGGCAUCUUUUAGUAACGCGGCGUAUGAGAGGCUUCCAUUGGAAGAGGAAGAGAUGCAGAAUCCUGCAAUGCAAGGGGGUCCAAUAGGGUCACCGGGAAGCGGGUCGGGUCAGCAGCAGCAGGUAUUAUCGGAGCAAAACGCGGGUCUGUUUCAUGGGUUGCAGCCUAAUCUGAUGAAUUCUAUGCAGUUACCGGCUGAGGCUUAUUGGGCAACCGGUCGUCCUCCCUUCUAG